GUGACAACCCCUCUUCGUGUAAAUAGGGGGCCGGUGAUAGGUCACUGUCACGUGUAAACGUGUGGUCCGUGUAUCCACUAAAACUUUAGGAUAGUCAGAGGACCCUUCUCUGCGACGAAGAUAAUUGCAAUUUUUUGUUCUUGUCCUGAAACCUUUGAAUAUCCACGACCAAACAUAUCCUUAAGUCCCGGCGAUUCAACAUGCUAUCGGCGGGCAGAUUUCAAAACCGAUGCCCUGGCUGUAGGCAGCAAGUCUUGAGCUUUUACGAUGCUCUUCUGCAGCAGCGCACCAGGGUGGCUGCCCGGCCACUUUUACGCCCAUCCCCCACCAGUCCCGCAGCGCGUCGCGGUUUGGUUCGACAUCUAUCUUCCACCAGAUCAGUUUUCCAAGAAGCGACACAAAAAACUGCCGGCGCUACUUCGACAGAACCCGAGUUAAGCCGCGAAGAUGCCGAAUACGAUGCCGAAACGUUCGUACGCCAAGCACGUCAGACUUUCAAGCACACGCUUCCCUAUGGCUACUUUACAGAAGAAGAAUACAAGAUCUAUGAGCGACUAUACGGCGCACCACUUCGCGAGACAGUACCAGAGGAUGUCGGAAUACCUCAACUUGGCGGUGUCAAUACUGGGCGGCAAAAUGGGCCUCAGCAUACUUUGUUUGCGGAAACCGAGUCUGGACACUUCGAAGAGGUCGAAUACACCAUCGAGCAGCCUCCUGUGGAAGAAAGCGAUGUAGAAGCCGUCGCAGAAUUACGCCCUCUUACCGAGGCUCAGAUCGAUUAUCUGAACGUAACGGCCAACAACAAGCGCGAGUUUGCUGCGCUGAUGAGACUGCAAAGGGACUUUGAGGCGGCCAGUCUUCGCCCGCUUGAGGAGAUUGUGGAGGAAGAGGAGGUCCAACAAAAGGAAGAGGUGGGGCACUAUGAAGAGGAAGAGGGCAUCGAAGAGGAUGAAGAAGAGCGGUUCUUGCCUGAGCAAUCUAUCAACGACAGAGUUCAUUCACAUACCGCCAUCGGCAUCUUUAGGACCAAGCCAAGCACGCUGCUUCUUCCCAAGGCAACCUUUACCGAGCCUAUUAAAGAUCUUCUUAGCCGCACCAACCCGAGCCAUGUCCGCGAACAUGCUGAGAAAGUCUUUGGUGGUCCGGGACUUCCACAUUCACCGGCCACGCCGGCAACGAAGAAGAACCUGGGACAAAAGCCUGUGGCAAUGCAAGCAGGCCAUCAUAGGAUGAGCGCGAUCGAGGCAGACACCUAUAUCACCACCGUACUCCCUGGUCUGUAUGCCACUACUACCAGCAUUUUGGUUGAGGUCCGCAAGCGCCUUGGCUCUGAUUGGCUUCAGGGACUUCUUACCAACGGUACGGGCCCGCGAGUUCUCGACGUCGGCGCUGGUGGAGCGGGUCUUGCUGCGUGGCAGGAGGUUCUUCAAGCGGAGUGGGAGCUUCUUCGCGAGCAAGGCAAGGUUCUAGGUCGCGAACCCGUUGGAAAGAAGACUGUCGUUGUGGGUUCCGAAAACCUGCGACAACGUGUGUCCCGGUUUCUUCACAACACGACAUUCCUUCCCCGACUACCCGAUUAUUUGCAUUCGGCCGAGGGAGCUGAGCGCAUGCUCGAGUCUGGAGGAGGACCCGGGCAGAAAAAGGCUUUCGAUGUCAUCAUCGCUUCACAUCAAUUAAUGCCACUCGACAAGGCCUAUAAACGCAAGGAUUUCAUCGACAACCUUUGGACGAUGCUUAAUCCCGAGGGUGGUGUUCUUAUUGUUCUGGAAAAGGGUCAUCCCCGGGGCUUCGAGGCUGUGGCUGAUGUCCGCGACCGGAUGCUUAGCGAGUUCAUCAUCCCGCCCGUUUCUGCGGAGACUGGCGAGGAUAUGACAGCGGUUCCUGAAUCGGGACGCAUCCGCGAACCCGGCCACAUCAUUGCCCCUUGCACGAACCAUACCAAGUGCCCCAUGUACCUGACCCCCGGAGAGAGCGCAGGCCGCAAGGAUUUCUGCCAUUUCAGUCAACGAUUCAUCCGCCCUUCUUUCCUUCAGAGAGUUCUUGGUGCCUCGCAUCGUAACCACGAGGACAUCGAGUUUAGCUACAUCGCCAUUCGCAGAGGCGCCCACCCAGACGGGGUAAGAUCCUCGUCCACUGGAUCUAACUUGACCGAUUCUACAUCAUCGUUCUUCCAAGGUCCAGAAGCUGUGGACCGUGCCUUCAAGGGCUAUGAAGAUGUUGAAGCCGGCACUCCCCACGCUCUUUCUCUUCCGCGCAACGUCAUGCCACCUCUCAAGAGCAAGGGUCACGUCACGCUCGACCUCUGCACCCCAGCUGGCACCAUUGAGCGCUGGGUGGUUCCCAAGUCAUUUUCCAAGCAGGCGUACCAUGACGCCCGCAAGGCCAAGUGGGGUGACCUGUGGGCCUUGGGAGCGAAGACUCGCACCCGCCGUGAAAUCCGUCUAGGCAAGGCCGGCAAGAAUGCCGAGAACCUCGCUACGGGUCUCAAGAACGCGGGCGACGGCGGCGUUCGCUCCCGUGAACUUGCUGGCCUCGGCAGCAAGAAGAAGCCUAGAGUGGUCGAGGUUACGGUCGAUCCCAACACGAACAGAAUCCUGGCUGCCAGCGAGAAGUAUCCUAACGGCAGAGCGCCGGUCGAGAGGCGGACGAAGAAUGGUAGGAAGGUCAAGAUGAACGACCUUAUGGACGAGCUUCAGGAUGAUCCUCAUCAUGGGAAGUAUGUCGAUCCUGAUGAUAUUGAGGAUGAGGAGUUCAGGCGGGCACCACUCCCGGAAGGAUUUUUGGAGAAGGGAUUGUUCGGUGACAAGAAGUAAAAGGGAAGUGAGCAAAGCCGCAGUGUGUAAGAUACAUGGACGCGAGAUACGGAAAGCAGGUGUCCUUACGAUACCCUCUGGAAGCAAUAUCAAAAUUACAAAGGCGAAUGUUCUUUGCAAUAAGUCAGUGAAUUUCCUUGG